GCAUUUGGUGCGACGUUUGUAGUGCUGAAUUUUAUCCAGGCAACACCUGCCUGUCAAGACCCAACUGAUGCCGAACUUCGCCAAAAGCUGAGCAAUUAUUCCCCUAAUGGAAUUGGUUUCAUUGCAACGAGCAGCGCGAACGCUGCACCAGACGAUAGCUCAUGUCCACUGACUUACAGCAAUGGAGCUCCAUUAUCAAUACGGUCCACUUGCCCAUUCUAUCACUUACAAAACACCGACACACUGCGAUACCCUCCAACUAUGCUGGACGUUCAGUGUUAUGAUUGUGACCAAUGUAUCUCAGAUUUGUGUCCAAGUUAUCAACAUCCAAAAUGGAAAUGCGAACGUGUUAUGCAGAUUUUAUACGGAAGUGUGUAUCAACGGUGUAUACCAGUAUAA